AUGACCCUGCCUUCUGAAGAGCUUCCACGGGAGGCGAACGUCUCCAACUCCACCGGAGAUGUCAGCGAGACGGCCGCUAAGCCCGAAGCCUCCAAGGUGGAAUUCUCUCAGGUCAAAGAAGACCAAAGUGCUCCCGAUUAUAAGAUUAUGACCUUCUACAACCACUCGACGGACCCCUCACCGCGAAUGGCACGUUGGUCCGAGUUCCAAGACCCUGUCCACGAGGAACGCCGUCUCCGCGACCUCGCCCACGGCUUCGCCGUCGUCCACCGCAUGAUAAAAGUCGGCGAAGGCGACGAAGUCGGAUGGGCGACCUCUUCCAUCGAGGCGAAGAGCCCCGGACUCCGUGCCGUGCUCGACAGCGUCUUCCGGAACUAUCCGUCAUGGUAUGCGGACGCAUCACCCUACGCCGUGUCGCCGCCCUUUAAGCCGUACGUGCACAGGUGGUCCGCCCUCCUGGAGGAGGUGGAGCGGGCGAGGGCGGACGAACUUCUGGAUGAUGAGUUACGACUGCUCAAGGACACCCUUGAACCACGGAUCGCCAAUCAGCUCUCGGCGCUCAAGAGGGUCAAGGAAACGGGAACCGUCUCUUUCGACGACCUGUGGCUUAUCCUGGGGCCGGGCUGCCUGAUAGUUAGCAACGACUGCACUAAGGCAUUCAGGUUGGUCGACGUGGAAUUCACCCCACGAUGCGGGCCGCAGCCAGCCUACUACACCGCCGUACUCGCCUACGUCGACUGGAACGGUGCUGUCUCGGGCGUGGCAGGCCGCAACCUGCGCAUUUAUGAGUUUAACCAGCCGCGGUCGGUUGACAAGUUACCCUUCUACCCGCUCGACUUCUCGCCUAGGGCUCGUCUGAUAGAAGAGAAGCUGCUAGCCCGAGGGAGGAAGUUUGAGGCCCUUCGCGGAUUCCAUGUCAAGGCUUACGCUGGGACCAAAUACGUGGAAGUGGGCCCCGGACGCAUUGCGGAGAAGCCGAUCUCCGGGCGCAUCAUUAUCGAUGCGUACGCCUACUGGAAGGUGCAAAAGCAGGUCGCACCUCGCUUGGGGUCCAUUUCCCAGUUGGGGACUCUCCGUAUGAAGAAAUCCCCGCCGCAUUCUCGUCGCCCACACUCAACCGGCAUGCGUCCCCCACGUCCACCGCUGCCCCAGUUUCGCAAGGCAGCCAAGGCAGCCGAGUCAGUCAAGGCAGCCAAGGCGGUCAAAACAGUCAAGACAGUCAGCCCGGCCUCUUCCGACGUGAGCUUCGUGGAUGGCCGCCCCCGCGACUCGGACGCUGAUAAGCACUCCACCGACAGUUCAUCUUCUACCAGUGGCAGCUCCGAUAGCGACGAAGGCAGAAGAGUCAAGGCCCGUCGCCGCCCAUUGAAAAAAUCUGUGGGCUCGAUAAGAUCUCCCAUAGUCCGUCAUGACGAUCCGUCUGAGCCGAGCUUCGGGCGGGAUGAAAUCCUCACGCCUUUGACUGACCUUGAGUGCAUAAUUGCGUCUCCGAGAGUCCGAGGGUUCGAUUUAGCUGCUAAGGAGUGGUGCGAGUUUGACAUCGACGGAAUUCAAGAGACCGUAUGGGAUGCGUCUCCUUACGAUAACUUGGUUCUCCCCGAUGGAGAGAAGGACCUUAUCUUUGCGUUUGCCGACCGGCCGCGUCUCAGCAAGCAGGGAUUCGACGACUUUGUCUCUCACAAAGGCGAGGGAAUCAUCAUACUUCUCUGUGGCCCACCGGGUGUUGGGAAAACCCUCACGGCCGAGGCUGUCGCCGAAAGAUCAUGCGUCCCCCUCUACAUCCUCAGCGCCAGCGACUUAGGCACCGAAGCCGGAAGCGUCGAGCGCGCCCUGAUGAGUGCCCUCGAAUGUUGUCAACUCUGGGACGCUGUGCUUCUCAUCGACGAGGCGGAUGUUUUCCUCGAGUCCAGGACUUCGUACAAUCUGCAAAGAAAUGAACUAGUCUCAAUCUUCCUUCGUCGCCUGGAAUACUACAGGGGUCUAAUGUUCCUCACCACCAACCGCAUCACAGCCAUCGACAAGGCCUUCAAGUCCCGAAUCGACCUCAUCCUCCCCUACUCCGACCUCGAUAAGCCCGCCCGCCGUAAGAUCUGGGUCAACUUCAUCCAAAAGCUCGGCCCCGGCGUCGCCUCCCUCGACGACGCCGAUUUCGACAAGCUUGCCGAGUCGGACCUCAACGGCCGGGAGAUUAAGAACUCGAUCAAGACAGCCCUGGUGCUGGCGAACAAGGAUAAGCCGCUGAGACUGAGGCAUUUGGAGGUUGUGCUGAGGAUACGGCAGAGGGUUGAGCGCAUGGAAGAAGGCAGCUUAGUGGGCUGA